CUCUUCACUGACCCGUAUAUGCAGGAUGCAGAAUUUCAUAUAUUCAAUUUUUGUUUUACCUGGAAUUGUUUAUGGAAGUUUCUUCCAGAUUGAUUAUCCCAAUGUGAAUGUCUCUGCUGAACCCGGUGGAGACCUCACGUUCGAGGCUGGUGUAGGUGGUGAUGUUAUUUUGAAACCAGGAGCUGGAGGCACCGUAAUUAUUGCAGGAACGGAUCUCAGAAAAUUUAUAGAGAAAGUGAAGAGUCUUCCGCCCAUAUGGACGAAACAGUCGGUUCACGGGUCACUGGGAGCGUUUACUUCCGGUACAAAAUUGGCCGUGUCGGUAGAAGCAAUGGACCCAGAUGGUGGUAACAUACAGUAUAGGGUAAUUUCCGGUCAUCUACCACCCGGAACAUCUCUGAACUCUUCCACUGGAGUCAUCACCGGUACAGCCCCCGAUAUAGACGCAACAUAUACAUUCGGAAUUCGCGCUACUGACCGCCAUGGAAAAUAUGCUGAUGGGACGUUCUCUAUUGAUAUAAGAGAACGAGAUCAGUGUAGCAGCAACCCUUGUCAAAAUGGCGGCACAUGUUCGGAUGAUUUUGGAAGGUACGACUGCGCAUGCUCAACUGACUAUGGAGGACAACACUGUGAGCUACGAUGCGACUCAAACCCCUUUGGAGUUGACAACGCGAAAAAGACAAUCCCAGACGCCCAAAUGUCCGCACACUACACGUUUUCUAAUCAUUUUGCCUCCAAUGGUCGAUUGCAUAGUCGUGACGGUUGGAUCGGAGAGGCUUCCAACUCAUGGCUUCAGGUUGACCUGGGAGAGACACGGGUUGUUCACUCAGUCGCUACACAGGGUUAUCGGUCUUCCACCUACUACACACUGUCGUACAAACUUCAAUAUAGCACAGACGGAAACAACUUCCACGACGUCAUCGGGAGUAACGGAUCCCCAAAGGAAUUCUUUGGAAGCAGCGCUUACGACUCGGUGAUUAAACACUACCUUCCCAACAGAAUCAGUGCAAGGUUCAUCCGGUUUGUUCCGCUAACAUGGCACAAUGGUGGGAAACCAGGUCUUCGUGUGGAAGUGUAUGGAUGUUGACCAGAAACGCAAUCCGAACCUUACGUUCUCAAUAGCUCCGCAGAAGGAUAUCUUUGGUUUUUUUUGGACUUUCCAUUCCUCAUAAAAUCAAUUGUAAUUAUCGUCAUAUCUUCAUACGUAUCUUAAAACAGAGAUAACAUUUAA